AUGGCGGCCCCGGGAGGAGUGCGGGCGGCGCUGUGCGCGCUCCUGGCUCUGGCCGCGCUCGCCGGGCACGUAGCCGGCGAAAAGGUAUGCGGCGCGCGCGCGACCCCUCCCCGUCCGUUCCCGUGGCGCUCGCGCUCCCUCUCCCUCCACUGAGUCUGCCCGCUUCCUCUCCAGUCCCCGGAAUAUCUCUGCAUCUAGGAGGGAGCGGCAGCGGAAGCCCCGCUUUCCGGAGGGUUAUGUUAAAAAAAAAAGCUUAUGUUCAAAAGGCCAGGGCUUGACAUAUCCAUACAUUUAGGGAAUAAGGCGCCCCCGCUUCCCCGCCACCACCACCGCCCACAACGCCGGGGCUGUCAAUCUCACCUCCGUCGCUGAUGCUUGCUUUCUCGUUAUCGACGACUUUUAAUUUCUGAAAAUACAUAUUUCUGCAGCACUCUUAAAAUAUCCCUUAAGCAGAACGCAUGUAGAAGCUCUCCUUCAAAAAGAAAAAAGAAAAGAAAAAGUGGUAGGGCGAGGUAGGAGGAUUGCAAAGCACAGCAGAAAGAAUCGGUUUUCGGACAGGGAGGUUUUUGCUAUGUCAUACGUGUUUAUCCGAUUUACCCCACCCGGAAAUGUUUGUCGUUUUCUCAUUUCAGAUGUCGUGAAGAGCAAAGGGAGGCAUUUUGCUUAAGCUUAUAAUUACAAACAUGUUCAACUUCGAAAUACAUUCCACUUAACUGAAUAGUAUUUGAUGUUGACUUGGGCUUGCUGAGAGUUUCAGUGGCCACCUUUAGCUUUAGCAUCAUGUUUGUGGCCAACAGCAGUUACUAUGGAUUUUUAUGAUGCUUCUAAUUCUGACUGCUGUCUUGCAUUCCUAUCCUUUGUUCAUGUUGUCAUCUUGUGUAUUUAGACAUCUGUAGAUGUCUUCUUUUCUUCUUCUUUGGCAAUCACUCAUAGCCUAGUAAAAUUGUCUUCCAUGAACACAGUCUUAGCAAUGUGUCCGUAAGUGACUGUGGAGGCCAUAGUUUUCUGGGUGAGGAUUUGACGUGCCCUACUCUUAGCUCGUUUCUCCCUUUCCUCCUGAGUUCAUGUUCAAAGUCCAUGACGCCUUUGGCAAAGGCUAUUCUCCAAUUGUACGCUUGCAGACUGCAUUUUAAAGAUUUGCCUCAAGAGCGUCUUUAAACCAGUAUUUUGCUUUCCAUUCUUAAGUUGGGAAUAGAGUAGUUGCUUUGGAAGAUGAUACGCAUCCGAACCACAUGACCAAUGUAGGAGUUGUUUUUAAAGAUCAAGCACAACUGGUUGUGUUUGGGUGUUUCAUGAUGAGUUGUGGUGUAUAAACUGGUAUAAAAGAUUGCCUGCUUAGAUGGCUUUGAGGAACAGUGGGAAAUGGAAGAUAUUUUGUGUUGGAGUGGGGGAUUUCAGAAUCCCUGGGUUUAUUGCUGGAGUUUAAAAGUGGAAAAAGUGUGUAGCAAGAUUUACCUUGUUUCUCAAAGCUGCUGAAAGGCUUCAAGGUACAUAGCUUGAGGUGUGUUGACUUCGCAUUAAUACACUACCAAAGGAGAUAAUCUAUCUAGUUCCCAUUUUUACAGUUCUAGUCAAAUUAACUUGAUCAAGCAUGGUUCAAUUUAUAGAGCCAAACAUCUAAUCAGAAGUGUAAUUUUUGUUAAGUUUUCUUUCUGUUAUUCAUUUUUUAGAAGGUAGGUUGAAGCCUUUGAAGACAUAUAUAAAUUCCAACAGGGUAAAAAUCAUAAAUACUCUGUAAAAAGAGAGGCACUAUUGUCAUUAUACGUCAUUUAUACUCUUAAGUAUUAUUUUUUAAACAUGUUUCUCCUGUUGAUUGUUUUUAUGUUUUGUUCUUGAUGGCACAUCCCUUAGUUCUAAGCUUGUGUUUAUUUUUCAGAAUUCUGAAGAUGUCCGAUGUAAAUGCAUCUGUCCUCCUUACAAAGACCAUGCUGGCCAAAUUUUCAGUAAGAAUGUUUCACAGAAAGACUGGUAAGUAUAUGGCACUUUUGUCUUGUUCUUGUACUCUUAACUAAAAUGUUUGCCCUUUAUUUAAUUGCCAUUUCAAAGGUACUGUUGUUGAUACAGAAUUUUGUAAUGUGGAAAUUAAUUCUUAUGCUGAGCCUAAAGGUGCAGUAAAGGCAAAAGAUAAGGAGCUGUUGAAUUUCAGGCUAUUUAGUAAACAUAAGUAAUAAACUAUAGUUUCUUUUUUAUGAUGGAACUGAAAUACAACAGCAUUUAUGAAAGAAAAGCCUUUAGUUCAAAAAUGAUUUAUUUUUAAGCACUUGCAUUUGAGGCAAUCAGACAAAACUCCAGUUCUAAUAUUUUGGCAUACCUUGAGUUGGCUGUCAAAAGUAGUCAAGCAAAGGCAUGUGGGUUAGCCUAAUUUGUAUAUAUGAACUUGAAACAGUGGCUUUCAUAGUGCCUUUCAAUAUAUAGGGCAAGUCUUGGAGGGAAAAACAGUAUUUCCUCUCAGUGAAUGCUAAUACCUACACUGUGGUGCUUUUCUGUUAGCAGGGCCAGCAUAGAGCAGACAAUAGAUCCAGAAUAACCCCCACCCAAUCAUGGCGCAGGCUUACUUGUGGUGGCCACAGCAACAACCACUGCUACCACUCUGAGGGUGGCAACAACACCAAAACCACUCACUGCCUUCCACCAUGGUCCCAGACAUGGUUGAGAGGCAAGAACACUUUUGAACAGAAGAUGAGCUCUGCUCCCAUUCAGUCUGGACUGUGGAUCUAUGAAAUCAAUACAUUUCAUUGUAACAUUCAGACAUUAUGUUUUGGAUAACUUGAAAAAUGGUGGGUGGCCACCGCAAAUGGGAACUAAGCUUUGCUUUCUUUCAAAAGCAAGGCUGCUCCAUAGUGCUGAAAAACAUCCCACAAGGAGAUUAGUGAAUGGUGACCUGAUCAGGUCAGGCUGGUUACUGCUGGCACCAGUCCCGUCUAUUAGUGUAGUGACUGGAAGCUUUUCUUCAUGACUAGCUACACCAAUGUAUAACAUGCCCUUUGGCGAUAGCUACUAUAUGUUCCUUAGAUGAUACCAAAGUAAUCCAACUGGAUGAAGUUUGGUUUCAUUUACAAACUUUAGGAAGUAUGGUUUCAUCUUCUUUCUGGCUCAACCCAGAAUGAUUAGAUGUCAUAGGCAUUAGCUUGGAAGGUUUUAUGAGGCUAGUAGCAUACUUAUUUAAUGCCUUUGCCAUGUACUGAAUCUCCUUAGGUUGGCCAUCAUGAAUUUGAUCAUUUGCCCUUGUCAUUUGAACGAUGCAGGAGUCAAUACAAACAGAGUGGAACAAUUAAUAAAAUAGCUGUGAUAAGUAAGUGUUGCCCAGAAGGUAUAUGAAAGCAGCCAUAUACAAAGGACUUGUAAAUUUGGUUUUUCAUGGACAUGUUCACUUUCACUGAGAAAAGUAACUGCAUUCUGGCAUAUACAGUUAAACCCUCUUCUAAUGAAGAUAAAGGGAUGGUACAGUGCAGUUCCUCACAGUGUAAGCCUCAUUCUGUGCUUGAAACCAGAGAAGAAAGGUUUCCACACCAAUACUGUCUUGUCUGUAUAGGAUUAGGCUUUUAGUAGAUCGUACAGGAAGAACGCAUGGUAGUUUCAUAAAAAGAGUGCAUGGUAUUUCACAUGGUGGGAGAACUCUUGACAAUGUGAAGUAGGAGGGAAAGCAGAUGACAAUUGUAGCAAUCGCGCCUAACUUUCUCUGACCGCUUGCCUAUUGAAAAUACUCCACUUCUGCACCGCCUUCAAUUCGACAGUUGUUUCUGCCUGCAAAAGAAGGAAAUAAGUUUUUUCUAAGAUCUACAAAUUGCUUCCUAGGCAAUUUCAUGCUCUUUUUGAACGUCAGAAUACCUUUCAGUAUGCUAGAGUAAAGAGAUACAGUAUGUGUGAUUUUGGGAGCCAGAUGGAUUGUUGCCAGGGCAAGGAUCUCUUCUCUGAACAUUUAACAGUCACUCCAGCUGGUGUUACCACUUCCAUGCACCACAGCUGAUAUCCACUGAGGGCUCAUGAUGGUGAUGAAGAUCCUGGAGUAGAGCCUAGCAAGUCAGACAGAGAUUUAGAGAUUCAGGGCCUCCUCUUAGAUACUCCCAUGCUGGCAUUUGUACUCUAAUGUGUUUUCCUCUUCCUAAGUGACUUAAGUUCUGUUGCACCAAAUUCAAUAUUUAAGCAGAUCAUUAUUUGGGUUAAAUGUCAAUUAUUUCUAACUUCCAAAAAUAUGAAUAAUAGAUUGUGAGUUCUUGGUACAUUCAGCAUGUGUUCUCACUGAAGAAGAUGUUUUUUGCAAUGCAUAAUUUUACCUAAACUUACUCUGAGCACUUUUUCCUUUCUACCCAGUGAUUGUCUUCAUGUUGUGGAGCCUAUGCCAGUUCCAGGACCAGAUGUAGAGGCAUAUUGCUUACGUUGUGAAUGCAAAUAUGAGGAAAGAAGCUCUGAAACUAUUAAAGUAAAAUACCUCUUGAUUAACUUUUUUAAAAACUCAAGCCAGUUAAAGCUCAUUUGUUCAGUUAAGACUUUUGCCAAAAUCCACAUUUUAGAUUAGACAAACCUAUAAAAUAAAAGUUUGUAUAGCAUAACCUACAUAAAUUGCAUAAAAAUCCUUCCAGAGAAAAAAUAUAAUAAAAUAAUGACUCUUGAGUAUUAUGUGUGUGAUGCAGCAGCUACAGUAAUAGAGUGUUGGUAGCUAGAUUUUGAAGAACAUUUUUGCCCUAUAUAAUAUUGAUUCUGUACUUUGCUUAGUGUAAAUAAGCCAGCUCUCCUAUUUGGUUUCUUUCUACUAACCACAGUUAAGGGCUUUCUACAGUUUGUCCAGGUUCAGUUGUCACAAUAAACUGCAGUUAAAAUAGAAGUGGAAACUUGCAAGCUCCUCACAGCAAUGCCAGAGGAGUGCAGGAGGUACAUGUGAGGUCAAAGAGUGUUACGGCUUGUCUUCAUAAUGCUAAACUAUUGUUUAGCAUCACUUGUGAAUGCAGCCAGUCUCAUGCUUCCUAGACCGUUUAUUGGUCAACAAUUUGUGAUGUUUUUCUAUCAAGCAACAAUGGCUAAUCCCCAUAGCACAUGUUUUGCCAGUCAAGGCAUGCUUAACAGGCAUAGCAUUUGGUCUAUUGGUGUCAGUACCAUAAAUUAUUUAAGUUAUUAUUGGAAAUAACAUUAAGUGAUAAGAGAUAGUCAUGUUUAAAUGCUCACAUACAGUAAAUCUGCCCACCCCGUUCAUUUUUGUGUCCAGUUCUUGAAUUGCUUAAUAUUUUGUUAAUAUUUUUGCAAGGCUGUGGUAACAGCAUCAGAAUUGCUUAAUUUGUGCAUCCAGCUUAAUCUUUCUCUACUGUGCUGACAUUGGUCUUGUUUAUUGAUGUACAGUCUGCUUUCAUGGAUGGCAUUCAAAGCAAGCUUGUGAGAAGUUUUACAUUGGAGCAGUCCAGGCCCCUCACCCGCUUGUUGAUCUUCUUUCACAAAUUCACUUUGUGCUGCAUCCAGAGGUUCUGUUCCAACCCAUUUUUGCUGCUGUUUCCUGUUUUUAAAGACUCAGUUGGAAUGGGCAUCUGUUUAGCCAUGAUAAGUUUCCCUGAGAAAAUGAACCCAUAUUAUCUGAAGAAAUUGAGUUUUGAUUUUCCUACUCUUUGACCCCUUUGAUAGCUUUGGUGUGUUUUCUCUUUGUUUCACUUGCUCAUGCUAAAUGCUUAAGUGGUUUAAAAGUCCAUUUGGAUACAUUGCUGAGAAUGGAAUGCCUAAAUGUUUACAAUGCUGUAAUAGACCGUUUGUUUCACUUGGCCAGCCAACAUUCUCCCUAUUAGUGUGUUUUCAGAUGGCAUAACUGAACUAUUGUCUUAUGCCAUGUAGGUUACAAUCAUCAUAUAUCUCUCCAUCUUGGGUCUCCUCCUGCUGUAUAUGGUGUAUCUUACCUUGAUAGAACCUAUUCUGAAGAGACGCCUCUUUGGACAUUCACAGCUAAUACAAAGCGAUGACGACGUUGGGGUAAGUUAUUUCUCUGAAUAAUAUUCAAAAUCCAUAUGUUCCAUAUGUUCCAAAAUCCAUAUGUUCAAGGUCCUAGUUGCAAAAUUUCAGGUUGAAUUUUGAUCGUUCAAAAUUCUGAUGUAAAAAUACAACAUAAAUAUUUUUUUAAAAAAUAUAAUACUAAAAUAGCAAAUAGGCAACAACCCUUACGUUGGAAAUGGUACUAAUCAGCAGACAGCAAAUGCCAUGGAAAACAAGAGUAUCUUUGUUGAUGGUGAAAGAUGUACAAAGAAUACCAGAUGGAAGAUGGUUUCAAAGGCUUGGCCCUAAACUUCACAGUCCUGCUUCAAGUGGCAGUUCUUCACUGAUCUUCCAUAGCACAGAGGAAUUAUUCAGUUGUCUACAUCCAAUUUGCCUAAUAGUGAAUAGGGGUGGUAAGGCGUAUUAUACAUAUGACCAUGUCACAUGUUAUGCACAUGGUGAUGGGUGUGUAUAAGAUCCUGAAACACUCCUUCCCAUGCUCCAUCAGGUAUAGGAUAUUUUAACCAGCUCAAAUGUAUUCCUGGGGCUUGUCCAGGUGUUGUUUGAGGCAGCUUGUGCAACUUUUUCACUUAAAACCUGAUGUCAGAUUUCCAAUUUGGUGUAUGCUGUUUAAAAAAAAUCCUAAAGGCCUUGAAGUAUUGCUGCUAAAAGUACUAGUCACUUUUGACAUGUUAACAUGGUAAACAGUUCACAAUGUGGAUAUUUAAUCCUUAGUAUAUAUCACAUACUUGCCCUUCUCUAAAGCUAAUCUUUAAAACACAGCUUAGUGCCAAAAAUCUGAACAGUAGGUUUAGCAUUGAAUGUUGAUGUUUAUGAAUGGCAUUCAUCCAGUGGUAUGUGUAAUAGGGUGGCUUGAAUGCUUAACAUAAAUAUAGUAGUUCAACUUUGUCACCUUAAACAGCUGUAUUUUUGCUUUUCUUUUAAGAUAUUGAAUAUAAACUUGUGUGCUCAGUAUUAUUUGACAUCUUGGAGUGAGUACUCUAAACAGCUUCACCACAAUAGGUGUUGGUGAUUAGUAGUGUAGUUGCUUAGACAGAGUCGCAAGUGUCUGGUAGUUUGAAUUUCAAUGCUAUCUUACAAACUGAAGAAUACACAGGAUCCUUUUACUACUCCUGAUAAUCUUGCACUGGAAAACAAUUUAUAUUGGGUUUAACCAACAUUAGCUGUACUAACGUUGGCUAGAUAUGCCUAAUUUCAUUACAUUAAUUUCAGUGAGUAAAACAUGGAUACAAUCUACUGGUUUUUAGUGGUCUCAGGGAAGUAUUAGUUGAUUUUCAAGGCAGUAUCCAAUGAAGUAGUUCUGUUUGACUUAGUGCAAGGACUUUUGGCUGUGCAACAAAACUUCCCCUUCCUUCCAUCUUCCCAUGUGCACCAUAAACCUCUUCUGGGGUUUCCCUUCAACUCUGAAGAGCAGAUUAGGAGAGGAGGCGUGGGGGUGGGGGGAGAGAGAAGAAAUAGAGGAAGUUCUAUUGUGCAAGUAAAAAUUCUCAAGCUCGCAGAAUCCUCAAGCUUCAACCCUAACUUUGCUAUUUUUAAUUGCUUGGUGCCAAAGUAUUGUGUUUGCAAAGUGAAUGCACUUCAUCUCCUGCACAGCAGAAAAGGGGUUGCCAACUUCUGCAGCUGCAACUUCUUCAUGCUGAGCGAUAACAAUUUAAUAAUGAAAACUUAUCUCCCUUAAUUUCAGGAUCACCAGCCUUUUGCAAAUGCUCACGAUGUGCUGGCUCGUUCCCGAAGCCGAGCCAACAUGCUGAACAAAGUGGAGUAUGCCCAGCAACGUUGGAAGCGCCAAGUCCAAGAACAGCGCAAAUCUGUGUUUGACCGUCAUGUUGUGCUCAGUUAAUAAGUAGAGUAAUUAUCACCAAAUCGUGUUGGAGGAAAAUUAAUGGAAUUAAUGGAAAGUAAAGUGCCAGAUUGUUUUCCUGGUGUUCCACUUCAUCGGAAGACCAUUUUUGCUCGUUAGCAGCAAAGGAAGCACAAACAUGAGGGGAAGGAAUAUCUUCAAAUAUUUAACAAGCCAAAAUCUUUAGUACACCACUAAGUUGCUUUUACUAAUAAAGCAUAAGCUUAUUAUUUGUGUGCUAAUUUUGACAUUGAGAGAUGAUUCACUAUGUUUCUUAAAUGCAAGUUUCCCUAAUAUCUAUUUGAAGAAAUGAGACGGUGUGCCACAUUUCUGCUACAAGUGACUUUACAUAUUGAACUUUUAUAUAUGUAUAUUUGUUCUUUUCUAACUGUCUGAUGCUGUGUAUCAAAAACCUGGGUCUUUCAGUAUAGCUGUUGCAUCUAAAGCUGGCUGGUUGUAUGCAUUUUAUUGCUUGCACCUCUGCAACUUUAAGACAGGGAACUCUAGAGACUUGAAGUGUUGUGUAAAUGAAACAAUGUAGAACAAAAUAGGAAGUGUUGGACCUCCUCGGUUGCUUGCUAAGUGUCUACAAUGUGAUAUCUAAAUUUAUUCAUCUAAAUCUUAAUAUUUGGUGGAUGAUAAGAAUCUUUAAAAAUUAGCUGGAUAACGGAAUGCGAAUAAAUUAUUCAGAAUCUUCUCUUGUCCUGGGAGUUAGUUAUACUUGGAAAAUUUAUUUUGAUUCCAUAAAAUUUGUCAAGUGAAGCAUUUUAAAAUGAAAUACCAUGUGGAAUCCAUUUGGGUAUUUCAGUCAUCAGGUCAAUGCAUUUGAAGGCAUUCAUAGUUUUAAGACUGGAAUUGGCUAGUUUUAAGGUUUUUUUGGAUUUGCAGGCAACAUUUUUUUUUAAGUGCAACAAACAGACAGCUGUUAGUCAUCUGGGCCCUCUGGAACAAUUACUGUCCAAGCAGCAUUUCUGUUGUGGGAAUAUUUCAGUUUUCCAGAAGCAAUAUAUUGAUGUUUGAAAAGGCAAUCUCCCCCGCACCAAGCUAGUGUGCUUAUUGCAGUUGUGGCUGCUUUGUACCUCUGCAAAUAGUAUCCACAGUUUCCAUAACUGAUAUACUUCCCCUGUGCCCCAAACGUACACAGGUUGCUGAACUUCUUUAUUGUGUGUUUCUGUGUUUUCGCUUUAGACGCUGAAAAUCCUUUUAAUGUCCCACAGCAGCAUGGGAAUGCUCAUCUUGUCCUUCAGCAAGAACAAAAAUGAAUCCAUUGCAGUGCUAUGUAUCCCCCCUACAGCUGUGCUCUACCAUUUCAAAACCAUUGUGCUUUCUUUCUUUUUGGCUAUGAGCAUUCAUCUUGAUUGGUCAUUAAUUUGAAGAGAACAAGGAAAGAUUUCUUUGUCAUAGCAAUACUUUCAAAAUGCAUUUGAAGCCAUGCUGUAAUUACAACACUUUUGGGGUGUGUACCCAAGACUUGAUUUGACCAAAGCCUGUUAUUAUUCCUUCAUCCUAAGGUAGUGUGUUUAAACCUGGUUUGUUUUGUCAGUGUGAGGACUUCAAGGUUUGGCUUGGUGGUGGUAAUUUAAGUACAUAGCCAACUAAGGGGGAUAGCCAAUGUUCGUCAUUAAUGUAAGUAAACCCAUUGAUGUCAUUGGACUUAAUUCCAUUGAUUUCAAGGAGUCUAUGCAGAAUAUAACCUAGAUUCAGUUGCAAUUCUAUAGACGUCUGCUCAGAAUUAAGUCUUGCUGAGUUCAGUGAGGCCUUCUCCCAGAUAAGCGGCCAUAGAAUUGCAACCCUAAUUCUCUUGGGCCUAAACAUACUUGGCAAAAACAAGUUUUCUCCCAAAAACCUAAGCUGUGAUCAAAUUUGCAUUCGUGCAAUGGUACUUUUAACCACCUCCUUUUAUUUUGUAGCCUCUGGUGCUCCCUAAAAAGCAGCAUUAUUUUUAGACUGCUUUUCUGCCUGAAAGCCCUUAAAGCAGCUUACAACAAUGAAAGCAAAAUAAAUCGCCCCAUUACAAUUACUGAAAACAUAAUGCAGCAGAGUAUAAUAGUGACUGUAAUACCGCAGUAAGGCAAAAUAGUCAGGGCAACAUGAAUUCCUCAGUGCCAAAGGCCCAGCUAAAUAAAAUACUGGCCACAGCACCAGUAACCCAAUAGGUGGACACUAUGCAUGGGAAAUGGCAGGCCUUAAAAACCGUAUAUCGUUUAGGCCCAAUAUAUUUAAAGGUGUGGACCAGUAUUUUGAACUCCAAAAGAACUGAGAGAAAUAGGCUUUAUAUAUGGUAAUAGGCCUGUGAAAGAAGUCUGGCUGGAGCAUCAUGCUCCAUUUGUAGUCUCCAAAACUUUUUAAAAGUUGUAUGCAGAUUAUGUUAUCGUAGUCCAGCUUCGAUGUGCCCAAGGCAUGGUGAGAUACUUGCCUGGACAGCGGAUCACAAAGGGUGGUUGAUGCAUCACUCACCAUGCUGUUUACAAGCCAGUUGGCCUUGCAGCUGCCGCCUACUCCACUAUAGGUGGCCAGUCUGCCUGCUGUAGCUAUUACUGCAGUAUUGGCUGCUAUCACCACUACUGCCUGCCCACUUGCUCAUAAGUUCCAUUAUGGUUGCCACAGGGAUGCAGUUGGUUGCACUCCAAAAGGUCCCUCUGAGCUUGCUGUCGCUGUCUGAGGAAAUGGAAUCACAUACCCAGGAAAGAAUCAUAACUUUCUCUACCCAUGUGGUCAAACUUGCCAGUCAAGAUGGAUAUAGGUCAAGUGAGCAGGUGGCCUGCAGGUAGCAGUAGUUGGGCUACUGCUGGCUGGGAGGUGGACCCCAUCUUAGCCUCCCCAACCCUUUUCUGCUGUACCUGCAGAACAGCAGCCCUUUGGAGGAGUCAGAAUGUUUGGCCGGCCGGUCCUGCCCAUGAAGAGUAAGAAUUUUGACACAGCUGUGGCCGGUUUCUCUAUCUCUGGUUUCCAGAGGGGAAGCCUGCCUAUGUGGAGUCUGCCAUUAGUGGUGAGCUGAAACUGGCGGGCUGGACUCAGGGUGACACCAAAGGUGAGUUGUUUAUUUGGGUGGGUUCUUCCUUUCAGAGGGUGAGGACACUCCCCCAUGGGUGGUGACUGGUUGUGGGUGAGCUUGCUCCUAGGUGAGAGUGUGAAGCAGGUGUCUGUGUCCAAGUAAGGUGGAAUUAUGGGGAGCGUCAUCUGUGAUGAAAGCAUGAAUAAACUCACAAGGAUCGACCACCAAGAGUUGUAAACAAAAACCAAAUAACCUCAUAAUGUGGAACAUUGAUUUACAUGGUACUGAUAUAAUUAUGUUGGAAAAAUAAGCCAACAGUGUAGAUUUUAAUAUGAACUCUACCUGUAUUUGGUCAGAUUUAUCAUAAAUUCUCCUCAACUACUGCUCUAGUCAUCAUCUGCCAGUGGAAGAGGGAACUUGAGAGCAGAGAAGGGGCAGAGUUGGGGGGUUACCAUUUCACAGUAUGCUCUCUUCUGCUUAUUUAUUUAUUAUUAUUAUUAAUUACAUCCAUACACAAUCUUAGGUACAUGUACAGCCUUAAAUAAUUAUACCAUUAAAUACUGAUUUAAACUUGUAUUUGUACAUGCUCUUUUCUUAUAAUUUCUGACUAAACUUUUCUGCUUAGUUAAGUUGCUAAACAAAUUACAUUUAAAAUGAGUGCUUGGCAUAACCAAAUCUGUAGAAGACACAGUCGGGAUUCAAGAUGACCAUAACAGAGUGGAGAACUGGGCCCAAACUAGCAAAAUUAAUUUCAAUAGGGACAAAUGUAUGGUUCUACACUUAGGCAGGAAGAACCAGAUGCACAAAUAUAGGAUGGGGGACACCUGGGUUGUCAGUAGUACAUGUGAAAAGUCUCUAGGGGCUUUAGUAGACCACAAGUUUAACACGAGUCAACAGUGUGAUGCAGCAGCAAAAAAAAGCUAAUGCUAUUUGAGGCCACAUCAACAGAAGUAUCGUGUCUAGAUCAAGGGAAGUAAUAGUACCGCUCUGUUCUGCCUUGGUCAGACCCCACCUUAAGUACUGUGUCCAGUUCUGGGUGCCACAAUUUAAGAAGGAUGUUUACAAGCUGGAACAUGUGCAGAGGAGGGCAACCAAGAUGAGCAAGAGUCUGGAAACCAAGCUUUAUGAAGAAUGAUUGAGUGAGUUGGGUAUGUUUAGCCUGGAAAAGAGGAGACUGAGAGCAGAUAUGAUAGCCAUCUUGAAAUAUCUAAAGGGCUUUCACAAGGAGGAUGGAGCAAGCUUGUUUUCUCCUGCUCCAGAGGGUAGGAUCCAAACCAAUAGCUUCAAGUUACAAGAAAUGAGAUUCCAGUUAAACAUCGGGAAGAAGUUUCUGAUAGUAAAAGCUGUUUGACAAUGCAGCAGACUCCCUUGAAAGGUGAUGGACACUGGAAGUUUUUAAGCAGAGAUUGGAUGGCCAUCUGUCAGGGAUGCUUUAGUUGAGAUUCCUGCAUUUCAGGGGGUUGUGCCAGAUGACCCUUGGGGUCCCUUCCAACUCUAUGAGUCUAUGAAAUUGGUGAUGACUGGACAGUGAACUGGCCUUAACUUUUACUAAGAAAUGUCAGCAUUUUAUGAUUUCCCAGUGGCCUUCUAAAAUUGGUUUGUAAAUAUCCACAUUCACAGGCAUUUAUUAUAACUAUAAAGAUAGUCUGAAAUAAAUUGGUUGAGAUUUGAUUUGUGUGUUUAACACACCUGAAGAAAUAUGUGGGGAAAGUAUUCAAGAUCUAGCAAAUUAUUCUACAGUGUAAAUAUGAACAUUUAUUUGAUAAAAAUUAGUAAAUUAUUACAACAACUUACGCAUUGGCAGUGUAUAAAUAUGCUUCUGUCUGAAACCAUAAAAACCAUCUAAUACGUUACACUUUCUAUCCCAUAAUUCUAAUAUUUGUUGCCUUUAUAGCUGCAGUGUGGGUGGAAGAAGCUAAACCAGAAAAGAGCAGAUCUAACUGUAAGCUACUUUGCAUAUUGUCAAUUGACUAUAAAUUUAGAUCUGUCUUUUGACUCAGUCCAACAGGCACAAGAACUGUGGAACUCAGGUAAGGAAUGUAAGGUAGAUAGAGGCUAAUAGCAAAAUGUUACAUGGUUUUUGUUAAUAUUAAUCCAGAUUGUUAAAUUUAAAUGACGCACAUGAUAAAUAUAUACUUUGUGAGCUCUAGUUUAUAGAAUAGAUCUACAGAGAACAGCUAUAAGAAUCAGCUUACUAAAAUACAUAAUUUUAGUGUGGAAUUUUGAAGUUCAGUCCCUGUCUAAUAUUCUAGAUUUUUCCUUGUGGUUCUGGGGAUUCUUUUCCAUUUCACCAUAAGCAAGUCUAGGAAUGAAAAACUUAGCUUUGUUUUAUGAUCUUGUGUUUUGUCUUAGGCACUGAGGCAAAUUUCAGAAAGAAUAGAGCAAAUUAUUUGAAUUAAUGAGACUUUACUUCUUAGUAAAUAAUUCAGUUAACUGAGGUUUCUAAUUCAAGUUAAAGGUUUGGUGAAUUCAGUAAUCUUUCCAAAUGUUAAAAUGCAAACAUUAAUUGACAUUUUUAUUAUAGACAAUUUUUAUUAUCGACAAUUUACUGAUUCAGCUUUUAUAAUGCAUGAUCAAUAAAUAUGUUUCAUUGAUUGCUGUUUAGCAAUAUAAAACUCCUAGCACAUUUGCAAAGCUAAGCAGUGUCUGGUAUGGUUUCAAAUUGGAUGGGGGACCAGACACGUUGAGAUUCCUGCAUUGGAGGAAGUUGGACUAGAUGUUCCUCCAACUCUACAAUUCUAUGAUUCUAUAAUUCAGUUAAAUCUUCCUUGCUCGAGAUUACAGGCUGCAGACCCAAUUUGUUUGCAGGGGGAGGGGGGGCGUUCUUCUGUACAUGUGUUAUGGAAUUCUCUGUGCUGGAGUAGGCUGGUGGAAACUGACAAGUGUGAUUGUGAGGCACAGGGAGAGCCAAUUUCAUCCCUUACAUGUUCUGAAGGUCAGCUGGUGGGUCCUGAGUCAUUACAGGAGAUUGAUUGCUCUCUAAGCAACUUCCCAUUAAAUCCUAACCACAUAGAUUAUAUGCAAUUAAAUAACAUGCCUGCAGUCAGAGUAAUACUUUGAUAUUUGCCAGCAAGCUGAUCCAGUAAUCCUUGAUAAAUGGAAGAAAACAACUUCUUACACUAUUGCUUAUAAUAAAAAUAAUGUAUUGGAAGGGAGGAUGAGAAACAUUAAUUUACCCUUACCUUUCGCAUUAUUUGCUAUAUGAAGCUGUUGAGUUGCUAUCUUACAGAAUAAAAGAUACAACAUUAUUUUAGCUGGAGGAGUUGGCAAAUUUUGAAUUCUGAUGUUAGGCACAGCCUGAAAAGGAGAGUUUCUGUUAAAAGAUAUGGGGCACAAUUGAAUACAUGUAGGCCUCAAUAAUUUCAGUGAGAGAGUUAAGCACAUUUCAAGCUUUUCCACAGACAACCCCCCUCUUUCCCUGGGCUAAUAAUCAGCGUAAGUAAUAGGAAUAGCGAGGCACACACUGCAGAGAAAAAGAGUGGGUACAGGGAAUAAUGGAGAAGUUCAUGUACCAGUCAUUCUGACAACGGCAUGUGUUUUUGCCUAGGAAAAUCUGCCAUAUGAUUUCACAUCCUCAACUGUAAAGCUAAAGAGAUUUAUCUAGUUGCAAGUAUCUAUGCUUAUAUUGAUUAUUUUAAAGUAUCUCCUUUGCAUAUGGAACACUGUAUUUAAAUAGGUCAGUACAACAUUGCUGUCUCCCACAUAUUUGCAUAAUAUCAGAAGUGCACUAAAAAUACUGACAAUCACACCUAGCCUAUUGCAAUGUAUGAAUCACUAAAGCUGAUACACAGUUCUCCAUUUCUAGCUCUAUACCUGAGACACCACAGCUUGGGAAGCUUUUGGGAUGCCAUGGACAGAUUGCCCGUCUUAAGCGACUCCCACGCUGGACAGAUGUCUAGACUUGGCUGCAGGGACCUUUAUGCUGCACUCCAUUUCUACCCAGAGAUCCCAAACCAAUUCGCUGGCCCCGAAGAUUUGCCUCUGCUUCCUUUCACACCAGAGCAGCUGACGGCUGAGAAUUUCUACAGCGAUCCUUGUGCGUUCCCAUUUCAAGGUCCCUGUGGGAAUUUUGGCAGAUGCGAGUACUCUUGUGGCCCAGCAUUCAUCAGAAAAAGGAACGAAAGGGAAAGGCAGAGAGUAAAGUGUGUCAACGAAGGCUACGCCAAACUCAGACAUCACCUACCUGCCGAAUACCUAGAGAAACGACUCAGCAAAGUAGAAACACUCCGAGCUGCAAUUAAAUACAUCAGGUAUCUCCAAUCUGUGCUUUACAAUGAUUCAGAGGAGAAUAGCAGGGAAGCUCACCAUGCACCCAAAGAUAGCUCUCAAAGUGAUCACGCUCCAAGGGCUUCAUAGUCUGCUUGAGAGCAAAUAAAGUCUUCUCUGGAAGCUCCAAAGACAACCCUGCCUGUUCAAAGAUGCUUGUAAGACUGAACUUGCUAUACAAAAUGUGGUGAUUUCAGGGCUUGUGACUGUGAUGACAUGAAUCUUGCUAAAAUGUGUGGAAGUUUCAAAUGAUUGAAAUGGCUGGAAUCAUUUUAACAGAUUGAGAUGAGAGAUCAGUAAUACGUGGUUAAUUUUGGUUACAAGGGGGUGGGGGAGGACACCAAUGUGUCAACUCAAGCUGAAUGCUUUAGGUUAUAUUUUAAUAAAAAGAUUCUGCUCCUUUCUGAGAACAGUAACCUAUCUGUCUUUGCUAACACUUAUUUAUAAAAAAUAUAUAUAAUUUAAGUUUCUCUAUAAAUUGAUAAAAUGUAUAAAGUUUCUGUUUGCACAGAAUGUAUAAACUGGAAACCACUUGACUGUUGUAACAGCAACAAGAAAAAAGACAGUAUUGUAAAAACACACAAACUUUGGAAAUGCCAAUAUUGAGUUAAUUUUAUCUGGAUAUUUUGUUUUUCGAAAUCUAAAUAAAUCCUUGUUCCAUGAUCAAACUAUAUCUUAGAAGAAGUUUGUUGUAUUAUACGGACACACAGUGAGAGAAAGACAAUUAAGUGUCACAACAUCGAUAGUGAGUGGAAGAAAUGAAGCUGAAGGAGUGUCUAUACCUCCUGUUACUCCCUCUAUUUCAAGAAUAUAAAGAAACUAACAAACUUACCUUAGGUUCUCUCAAUUUUAUUGUACUGUUCCAUUGUUUACUUGAGGAUUUGAGCAUCAUAAAUAUUACUGAUAUAGACAUUCCAAGAAGGAUGCUUCUUCAGUGGUCUUUGAACUGCUAAUCGGAGGAACACCCCUCCCCCCAAUAAUAUAGAAAAAGCUUGAAUCUUCUUAUAAAGUCCUCAUUCCACAUGGCUUUAUUAGUAGUAAUAUUUAUUAAUAUAUAUCAUGCUUAAUUGCCAAAGUGGCAAUUCAUAGGUGCAAAACCAAUUACAAAAAAUAUAAAUGUACAAUAAAAAAGUAUGUCAAAAAUAUUAAAAUAAACAGCUACAAUUAAAUUGUGCACUAAAACAAACCCAUUAAAACACAACAGUUAAAACAACUAUUAAAAUAGUUCUUUCAACCAAAUACAUGUUAAUAAAGUUAUUUAUUUGUCACAUUUAAAUAAAUUUCUGCAGAGUAGAAAUGAGAUGCUGCUCAAAGUGAACUGUGGUUGCAGCUAGCUGAAUAGUUUUUAUCUUUAUCAAUUAUCUACAUUUAAUAGAUAAUGAUUUUAAUUUGUGUGUGUGUGUUUAAUGUAAACUGCUCUUAUGUUUUAUUACAAUCAAAUGGUAUAGAAAUCUUGUGAAAUAAUAAAGAAAUAUUUUUAUUGAAGAAAGGCUCUAUAGUGCAGAGUGCACUGUGACUUUGAGCAUUUGUUUUUUCUUUACAGUGGUACCUAGGGUUACAUAUGCUUCAGGUUACAUAUGCAUCAGGCUACAGACUCUGCUAACCCAGAAAUAGUACCUCGGGUUAAGAACUUGGCUUCAGGAUGGGAACAGAAAUCGUGCUCCGGCGGCACAGCAGCAGCAGGAGGCCCCACUAGCUAAAGUGGUGCUUCAGGUUAAGAGCAGUUUCAGGUUAAGAAUCGACCUCCAGAAUGAAUUAAGUUCUUAACCCGAGGUACCUCUGUAUUUCUUUUCAUUAGACUUGAGCAUUCUCUGGACAAUCUUCAUUUUACCCUUGUCAUUUUUCUUUCUUCAGUAUUUAGUGUUACUGAGUUUAGAAAUAAAAUGUACCUGAGAAAACAUUCACAGCUGAUAUUCACACAGUAUGAAUGUGUGUGUUUCACACAUUCUGUACUAUCAGACACAAGUUCCUGUUUGCAGUGACUCUAUAGCAACCAGCUUAGAAACAGAAAACAGCCACCAAUAACACUCCUUCUCAGCAGAGAGGUGCCGUAUUGUUGAAGUCAAGCCAACUGAAAGAUCCCAGCAUUUAGUACUGCAAGCAUCUGGUGAGUUCUAAUUACUAUUUUAGCAAAUCAAUGGACUGAAGAGUUUUAGGAUUGCCUCCCCCUUGCUGGCUUAGUUGGUAGAUGGCUUCAAUUUACUUGGUAGAUUUGGGUAUAUAUUUGGUGCUAUUUGUGUUACUGUAAUAGAGAAGCAUUAAAAAUAAUCUUUAUUUCCAAUGGAUGGUAACUUAGUAAGUUCUACUGAUUUCAUUGGAACAGGUAUGUGUGCAUAAGAUAGCACCUUACAGUUGAAUAAACAAAUUGUUUAUUGUUGUUAGUUGUUUUAAAUAGUUCUUAAUGAGUUUUACUGCUGCUUUGCACCUUGUGACCUUAGAAUGAAGGGCAGGUAAUAAAGAUUACCGUAUAUGCUUUAACUUUUGGAAUAUGCUAAUUGAUUUACAUGUGAUAUACUGUAAUCAAUUAACAGCAAGAAAGCAGGUGUAAAUUUUAUUUAUUUGGUUGACAGGCCUAGUUAGAAUAAAAUAGAAGUGAAGCACUGAUAAUAUAGGUCUUGAUUAUGCUUGAAUUAGCAUGUCAGCAGUAGACAGUUUCCAGAUGAUUUGAUGUCUUAAUGAUUGCACAGUUGCUACAUAUUUUCUCAAGGGAGUCCUUCUGUUAGAGGUGAGCCCUGUCUCUCAGCCCUCAAACCUCUUUUGUUUUUGUUUUUACUCCUGGGAAAUGCUAAAACAGUUAACCAACAAAAUAAUAAGCACAUGAUGAGCACUCUCAAAAACACCCAUCUCCUUUUUAAUGCUGACACCCAUAAUCAAGUCAGAUUGUAUCAAUCUCUGAAGCGCUACAAAAUCUUUUUGCCAGCAUGCCUGAUAAAUGCCUGGCAUUUACUGUCACCUUGCAAAUCUUACCUUGACAGCUGCAGAGUAAGUUCUCUCUUCACAUGCCAUUUCUCUGUAUGAUCAUUCCCUUGUUGCAAGAAGGCAGUGAUUAUGAAGCACAAGAGAACACAGAGCAGAUCAAAAUAUUUUCCCACCAUAAUUUUGCAUGACUUAAAUGGAACGACUUUUUCUAAACCUAUUUCAACUAUGGAAGCAUUACCUGAGGUGCUUUCUGAAUCAUGAGGUACUUUGGGAGCACAACCUAUAUAACCUAUUCCUAUGUUUCUGGUUAGGUUAUGGAGUGCACAAAGGGAAGCAGGGCGAAUGUUUCUCUUGGCUAUAACCUGUAUUUGAUUGCCUUAUUAAUAGAUUUGAUUUGUCUAAUUCCCAUACCAACCUCUAAUGUGAUAUGCAGAGAUGUGGGAAAUGUUUCUGGAAAAACAGGCAUAUUGCAACUGACAACGGCAAACUGACUAUGCAGGUUGCAAAAUCCUACCUACACCAAUAACCCAGUUGCCCCACUAGCAAUGUAGAUGGUUGAGGAUAAUCUUGAGUAGAACCCCUGUGUUAGGUGGCUAACCCCCAUUCUGGAGACCUGAUCUGGCUCUCAAGCAAAUCUUCCUCCCUCUGCCCCACCCCCAACUCCACUGAUUUUGGCAAUAGCAGCAAAAAGGAUACAUAGUGCUGUUCUGGACAAAAAGAUUUAAACUUCUCCACAAAGCUCAGAGAAUUUAUUUACAAACAGAGACCUAUGCAAAAAUGCACAGCCAUUGUUGUUGUUGUUUGGUCCAAACUGUGUGGUGUGUACUUACUACUUCCACGCUACAUUGGUUUUUUUUUCUGUAUUACAUAAAAAGUUGCUGUAUUUCAUAAAAAAAUCACAAUACAAACCUAUACAUGUCUAUUCAGAAGCAAGCACCACUAGGAUAUAUUGCCAUGUGAGCGUGUCUACCAUUGCAGCUUUAUUUAUACUGAAGUGGUGGGUAUUUUCCACACAUUUUCUUGCACUUGAACUGAAUUAAUAAUCACAUAGAGAUUUAUUAUUAAUAAUAAUAAUUAUUGAAUUCAUAUACCGCCUUAUACCCAGAGGUCUCAGGGCGGUUCACAGAACAAAAACCAAAAAGUCUACCAGUAGACUUUCAUCUACCUUCUUCCCUUCUUCUCCCUUGUGAUUCCAGGAAUUCCACAUUCAAACAUAAUCUUAAAUGCUGUAUUUAGUGGGGAAUCCUAAAUCCUUAAAAAAGAGCACAGUAUUGCAACUGACAAACUGUGGUAUUAUUCUGUGGGAUGGCGGCUAGGAAAUGGAGAUGGAGCUCUUUAAAAUGUAAGACCAUACAAGUGAAGACACCAAAUGGGGAUUAUCAAGUUAUCAUUGUUGAUGCUGCUGCUGUUGCUAGUCCUAUAGCAAUGUCAGUUUUGCUCACCACCUUCAAAUCCCAAGCAGAACUUAGCCAUUCCUCACAAUUGUGCUUUUGUAAAAAGUUGGUCCAGAUAAAGAAUUUAAUUCCUUACCAGUAGUUAGUACUUUCAAAUCUAUUCCCAUUCAAUGUAAGACGUUAGGGCCUGAUUCAUAACUGUUGCAGAUGACAUUCAGGAGAACUCUCCGAAGCUAUGAGCUUGAGCAGUGGCCGCAAUUACUGUUAUGUCAUGGUGACAUGUUUUCCUCCUUCAGAAUACUUAACGUGCCUUAUGGGGUGGUUGCUUUUUUCCUUUUCUUUUUUGGUAGGGAAAUACUUUGAAAGGAAUGGAUGGCUGCACCUGGUUCUCUUUGCCGUACCACAGCCAUUGCUGUGCAAUGCUAGCACCAGCUAAACCUGUGCAUAGCAGCUUCACAGCUAAUCCCAGUUCCACCUGCACUGGUGACAUUUCAGCACAUCCCGCCUGUGUUGUUAGACCGCUCAUCACAACAAGGUAAUAAAAAGUGUGUAUGGGGGUGGGCAGACUAAAGCUGAAGAGUUCAAACAAGAGCUGCAUUUUGAAAUGCCAGCUCUCGUAUGCAAAUUCCAUUCCAGCGUUCAGUCAUAGAAGUUGCAUUGUAGAUACAUCUCUGAAUUUUCCAAGUGGGGUGAGGGGUAUUGUUGAUGCCAAAACAGGGGUACAGAAGAAUAAUACUCCUGAGGUAAAACUUUUGCAUCUGCAUCAAGGUUCUAGCUGUUGUAGAGGAAGUAGCUUUUCUUGUCAUGUGUAGAUAAAACAAGCAUUAACACUGUCUCUGUUAUUUGAAGGUGCUUACAUUUCGGCCACUGCCUCCAUUUUCCUCCUCUUAGAGCAUGUGAGGCAGUAAAAAACUUGGAGAGAUCCUUGGACACUGUUGGCAUUCCUGUUUUGGCAAGAAGAGAAACUGAUGGUUAUUAUUAUCCUGGCACAAUAAUAAAAGCUAUUAUAGAGGCAAGUUGCUAUAUGAUUUUUUUUCUGGCAUGUGUAGAUGAGACAUUAAUAAUUCAGCCCAGAAUCUUUAUGGAUUCUGCUAAAGGCGUCAGAUUCUGGGCAAGGGGUGUAUGUCAAUCACAACUGCUGCAUUCAACGGAAGUUUGUGUCUGCCUCAUUUUGAUGGAGAAAAAAACUCUUUAAUAUUAUACAUCCUGCUGAUUAAGUGGCAUCCUUCCCUCCUUUUACCUGCUAAAUAAUUGGGAAUUCUGAUGGAUCAUGAGGAUCACUCUCUAGCCAUUUAUUGCACAGAGUUGCUACAAUCUGUAUUUGAAAAUUGUGUCACAUUACCACCAAGCUUUCAGCCCCAUUUGACAACCACUUUCCCAUAUUUUCAGAAAUUUCUAGAUUUCAUUUGACUUGUCUGAGGUCCAUCUUGCAUGAGACCUUCAGAAAUUAGAACUGCUGCCAAGGUCACAGCUACACCAUACAUUUACAGUACAUGCUGUUCCCCUCAAAGAAUUCUGGGAAAUGUAGUUUACCCCUCAUGGACCUACAAUUCCCAGCAUCCUUAACAAACUACCAUUGCCAAAAUUCUUAGUUUAGGGAAAGCUAUGUGCUUGAAAUGUGUGGUGUGGCUGUGACCCAAGUCUCUGUCCAAUUUGUUGGCACAGGUUUUAGUGUGUGUGUGUGUGUGUGUGUUUAAACCUUCCUGCCAAGUGUAUCUGGAGAUUUAUGCUGUUUGGGGACAAUAUCCCAUCCGUUGUUAUGAGUAAACAGAUGGACAUUAUACUUGCUGGAAAUGUCUUAGUGUGUUAAUAUAUAUAAACUUGACACUUUUUGUUCUCUGUACACAGGAAAAACAACCUUCAAUUCAUUAGCUGUUAGCACUUGAAACUUAAAAAAAAUGUUGUGCUGUUUUUGAAGUGUAAGAAAAAGGCAAGGCUGUUUAUCAAAGUUUCUGGAAGACUGACAAAUCUGAAAUGCCUGGUAUUCAGCAUGUUGUGGGAGUGACUGGCAAGAAUAUAUUUUUGUUUUGUAGUGUUUGAUUCCUUUCAUUACACAACAUGGUGGCCACUUAUGCAUUGCUAAAAAAAGAGGAUUUUUUAAUUAAAAGGACAAAAUGUGAUUAGCAUAAAAACUGCAUAUGCUUAUUCAUACAUAUAGGUGCAGAUGGGGAAAUACUGGGAAGAAUUCAACAUUGUACUAUGUUGAUAAUACUAUCAGGACAAGCUUGCCAGAAAGAACAAUCCCCCUCUCCUCCCUCCUCAUGCUAUUCUAGGGGUGCUCCCAAUCCCCCCCCCAAGUCAAUUUGGGGAGCACAGGCAGAACACAGGUGAAAGAGAUGAGGGAAAGCCCCAUUGUACAAAUCUAAGUCACUGUGCAGGCUUCCACUGAUGGGACUCAUUAACUGAAUGCCAUCAGAUGAAUGUAACGUAUAAAUAAAUUCCAUAUAUCUCACCGUAAGUGGGGGAAACUGGGACCUACGUGCCAGCUCAGUCUUUGGUCCAGGUCCUAUCUGUUGAUGGCCAAAUUCAAGGCUCCAGUUCUUCCUUCUAAUGGUUCUUUAAUCUUUAGACUAAAGGACACUUUUAAGUAGAGGCUGCCUGUCCUUUGAUAAGUCCUUCAAUUAGAGGACUGCUCUCUGUAACAUAGGAAAUGUGGCCAACCCAACACAGAGAUGUGCCCACUGCAUAGGCGUAGCCAGGAUUUUUGUUAGGGUGGAGAACCUCAGUUAGCUAUGUAUUUUUAUUGAUUAUGGGGGGGGGAGAGCUGCCCCUCCCUGCACCCCCUUGGCUACGCCCAUAGCCUACUGUAAUGCUCCUCUCUGGAAAUUAAUAGGGGAGCCAUUGUAGGCAGGUGAACCCCAUAUGCAUUUUGCAAUUCCUAAAGCUGUUACCAGCGGUUGGAACACAGGAAGCUGCCUUAUACCAGAUUAUUGUUCAUUUAGCCCAAUACUCUUUACUCUUGGCUGGCAGUAGCUGCCUAAGGUCUCAUUCGGAGGUCUUCCAUACCAUCUAUUAGUUAAUUCUUUUAAACUGGAUUUCUGCCCGCAAAGUGCAUCCUCUUCCACUGAGCUACAUCUGUUUAGCAUUUUAUUAUGAACUUGCCCUUUGAGAAUACAGUUUUUCCAGGCAUGCCAGCUGAACAGCGGCAUGUUUUCAACCUCAACAGCAAAAGGUUGUUGUUUUUUUGGUAUAGUAUUAUUUUCUACAGCUUUAGUUAAAUUGUUUUUCUUGUUAUCUUGCCACCCUGACCAACUUUUUUAAAACCAUGCAUGAAAAGACACAAGCUUAACAUUUUCCUUCAACAUCAAAAACUUGGUACUAACAUGGCCAGCAUCCUGCAUUUCCCGCCCUUCAUUUCUUAAGCUAUCAUAGAUGACUAAAGCUUGUUAGUUUUUCAUUUUAAUUCCCCAUCUUGUUUCUGGCACCAGGGUGAGAAAAGAACCUUUCUUGUACAGUUUGCCAAGUCAUUUGGACUGAGUGAGGACACAACAUGCGUGCAAGAAACAGCCAGCAGUGACAUGUUUGAGUGUGUGAAUGGAAUGAGGCAUUCCAUACUGCCAGGUGAUAAAGUGCUGGCACCCUGGGAGCCACAGCAAAAAAGAUAUGGCCCUGGCACUACCAUCCAAGGCAUGGAAACCAGGGAUCCCUUGAGAGGUAAAACCCAGUUUAUUUUUUAACAUGAGCCAGUAGCUGAACUAGCUUUUUGUGUGUAUAUGUAUAAUAUAGCCCUGAACAUAGGAAGUGCAGUAAGCUCCUGUGGUUUUCAUUUACUCUUCGUAUUUCAUUUACUAUUAAAUUAUGCAUAUGGUGGGAAAAUACUGCUUAUGUCAAAGCUCUGGUGAAUAUUUUUUUUUAAAACCCUCAAACAGGUAUUUAAUUAUUAUGCAUACUUUCUAGACUGGAAAUAUAAAGACCACCCUUUUGUGGCUACAUAAUCAGAUUGAUUUAAACUGACAAACUAUUAUUAGCAUUAGCUGUGCUCCUUUGGGAAGAAGGGCAGAAUAGAUUUUUUGAAAUAUACUUUAUUUAGACAAUUAAGCAUUUAUAUACAUGUAAAAGAUCACAUACAGAAACAUACAAUAAAAACACCACAGCCCCAGUCCCUUCCUUAAAAUUAGGAUAGAAAUUUAAUAAAUAACGAGAGUGACGGCUUUCCCCAGUUUAUAUUUUUCUCUUCAAAACAGGGAAAGAAGAUGAAGAAAUUAUAGUCAGCUUCUGGAAUGGCAAGAAAGCCAAAGUCCCAUUGGGUGUAGCCCUGUGGAUUUCCCCAGUGCAGUGGGAGAGGAUUGUGGAGAUGAUCCGGAUGCCCCUUACCAGCAGGAAAGCAUCUGAAGGGCAACUCCAAAGACCCGGUCACUACAGUGGCUCAUGUAGGGCUAUAACAGGCUCCAUGCAUGGAUGCGCUGUAGGUGGCCUCUGCCGGCUCCAGAGGCCAUGUUGCUCUUUCAUCUCCCCUUGCUCCAGGUGCUUUCAACACACAUGCUCAUUCCUUGGACAUCCACAGUACGUUUCCUGCUGCUGUCCUAAAUACAGUGGCUGCUGGUGGCCACCCUCUUUAACCGAACCAUCCCAGAGAAAUGUUGAAGAAGAGUUCAGCAGUAAACCAUUACUGGCAGUGGAAGGGCCUCCAAAGGAAGAAGCAGCCACUGUUGUGUCCAGCUCUUCGUCUUCAUGCUCCUCCGGUUCCAGAAGUGGUACAGAAACAGGUUUGACCAAGACCACAAUGGUAGAUCAUGCAGUGAACACGGAUUCUAGUCUUUUUGAAAAGCCCAAGCUGCAAGAAAUCAGGAGACCUUGUUGGAAAUACUGGAAGAGAAGCCAUCCCAACUCUCGUCAUAACAGCCACGGUACACAAUAUUUACUUUGAAUGAGCUUUAAAGUGGAAGGUUGAAGAGUGCCAAAAACUACCUGGCAUUAUCAUACUGGUUGAGGUGAACAGCUAUACUGAGACUGAUUUUUCUGCUAAUGGUAUCACAGAUACUAACAUACUUGGGGAUUUCUGGUUUGUUAACUGUGUGUUUGUUUGUUUGUGUGUGUGUGUGUGUGUAGAUGAAAAGCACUUGAGGGUUUUUUUUAUUUUUACAAUCAAGUGGUGUAUAAAUUUUAUGAAAUAAUUUGCAUGAAGUAGUAAUAUAUAUCGAGUCAAAUCGUGAGCCAAAACCCCCCCACAGUUGUCUCCAAUUGCCUUAACAGAAGAGAGGGAUGUUGAAAUAAUAAAUCAUGAGGGGGGGGGACCCCCAAAACACUCGGUUCCCUAUUUCAUACCUUGUUUGAUUAUUUUGUCUUCGUCUAACUACUCACAAAUUAAGUGUUAUACUAUCAUGUAUAGGAACCAAUUAUACUUUGGACAGCACCCGCAGAAAGGAAAGAUCUGAAACCAAAGCAGUUCCUUAUAUGGAUCCAUCCCCAACUGCACUGAUCAACCACAGUGCCAUGUUUGAAACUAUUGAACAGUCUCCUCGAAGGCAACUUACUGUGAAGGAAGUCUUGGGUCACAAAGAUGUCGAACCAUCCUCAGGAGGAGAGCAAGGAACACAGUAA